AUGUCAGAAAAGGUCGCCGCAGACACGGCGGCGGCCAGCCCAUCCGCUGCCGUGCUGCCCGACCCCGAAGCGAGGUCCAUCUCCAUCCACCAGCAACAAGAACAUCAUCAUCAACAGCAGCAGCAGCAGCAGCCUGCCGAGCCGACGGCGCCGCUCUCGCCCUCGCCCUCGCCCUCGCCCUCGCCCUCGCCCUCGCCCGCCCUGGAGCCUCUCUUCACCCUCGUGACAAACGCAUCCACGGGCGUCACCCUGCACCCCCGCGUGCAGUACCUCUUCUCCGACGACGAUGCCUCCAUCCUCGCCCACCCCAGCGACGACCCCAACCACCGCGCCGUGCUGGUCGACCUCGCGCCCGGCGACGAGGCAACCACCUGGUCCGUCCGGUGGGCAUCCAGCCUCAGCCCCGACUUCGCCAUCACCGCCUCUCAGCUGUCGUCGGCCCAGCGCAGCGACGACGCCGCCGAGGCCGACGCCUCGCCGAUGCUCCGCCUCGAGGGCGUCGAGCGCGAGCCCCUCGACCGUCCCAGCAGCCUGCCCAGCUCCGCCAGCGGCCCCAUUGGCCGCGAAAACGUCGACGCCCUGGCCGACGAGUUCAAGCGUCGCAUGGCCCUGCUGAAAAGCGUCGUGAGCCAGGCCGAGAGGCGCACCGACGCCCUGCAGAGGCCCGCCCGGGGUGCCGCUCCGCCCCGGCACGUCGCCUCCCGCGCCGACGAGCAUGAAUCGCCGCCUCCCGCGAGCCGUUCCGCCCUGCAGCGCCCGGCUCUUCAGGAUGAGUUCCCCGGCUGA